UCCUUUGUCCUUCGUGAAGACGCAGCUGCAGCGUGACGACGACCGCAGAGAAGAAAGAUUUUUCUCACACCCGUAAUUUUACACUUUGCUGUUUUUAAAAUUCGCCUUCACGGUCGUUUAGCGCAAAGUCGACGGGUCCAGUAAAGCUUUGCUUUUAUUCUGGUCGUGUGAGCGAGUUAAUCGGUUACAAUUUGUUCGGAGGGAAAUCCACCCGGAGAGGAAAAAUCAAAAUGGCAGACACCAAAUACCUACCCGAGCUGCUGGCGGAGAAGGACAGCCUGGAUUCAUCAUUCACACACGCCAUGAAGCUCAUUACGGCUGAGAUCGAUCGUAUCCAGAAAGGUGAAACCAAGAAAGACCCAGAGAAAGAUAUCUCUUAUCUGGAUAUCUUUGCCACAAAGAAUCUAAAACUCAAAGAGAGAGUACUCAUUCCAACCAAACAGUUUCCAAGAGUAAACUUUGUUGGAAAGCUUCUGGGACCUCAGGGGAAUACUAUCAAGAGACUCCAAGAGGAAACUGGUGCAAAAAUUUCAGUUUUGGGAAAAGGUUCCAUGAGGGACAAGAAUAAGGAGGAAGAGCUGCGGAAUGGUGGUGAGGCUAAAUAUGCUCACCUGUCUUUGGAGCUGCAUGUGUUCAUUGAGGUGAUGGCGCCUAUUCCAGAGGCCUACCUGCGUAUGGCUCAUGCCAUGGAUGAGGUCAAAAAGUUCCUCACACCUGAACCAGGUGAGGUUGACCCCUACAUGGAUCCUCACUACUUGAAUGGUUCCCAGGAUGGUUCAGGCAGGGGUCGUGGUGGACCAGGCAGGGGCCGUGGUGGACCUCCCGGUGGCCCAGGACCAAGGGGCCGUGGAAUGAUGCGUGGGGGUCCUCGGGGAGCAAUGCGUGGUGGUGCGCCACGGGGAGGACCAGGCCGUGGCGGCACCCCAAGAGGUGCUAUGUCUGGUAGGGGUGGACCAGCUUCUUCUGCUAGAGGGGGCUCAUCAAACCGUUCAAGACCCCCUACAACCGGAGCACCAAGGAUGCUUCCUGCUGCUGCCCUUUCUCAUCAGCAGCACCAGCUUCCAUCAGGUUCCCAACCGAAAACCGAAGGCUAUGAUGAAUAUCCUCCAUAUGAAGAGUCUUACGGAGAGACUUCCUACGAGGGCUACGAUAGUUAUUACGGUCAACAGCCUGCGCCUGCAGAUACUGAAUAUUAUGACUAUGGACAUGGAGAUGCGCAAGAAUCAUCAUAUGACCAGUAUGCUCAGGAUGACUGGGAUGCGUCUUGGUCCAGUGGUGGUGCUGGAGGCAAAGCGCCUUCAGCCAGACAGGGGAAAGGAUCAUAUCGGGAGCAUCCCUAUGGAAGAUACUGAAUGGCUAGUGGUAGAGUUGCCACAGCAACUGUCUCCUGUUGUAACUCCCUUAAAUUUUGAAAAGUAAUUUCUCCAUCUUCUCCCCUUUUUUAUUGUGUAUUUUAUGUUUGGACUUUUUAGUUGGUGAAUGUUUUGUUGGAUGUAUUGUAGUGCCAGAGGAGACAUGACAAAUACCAGACUUUACAUUUUCUUCUAAUUUGUUUCAGUUGCAUAAUCCUUUAAGGAGUGACACUGGUUGAAAACUGGUUUAGUUCAGUUAAGGAGUGACACUGGUUUAGUUCAGUUAAUUAGCAAAAUGUGAUUUGACGAUAAACUUUUCUCAUGUACAAUGCAUUUAAAGUCUCAAGACUGGACAAAACCUAUUCCUAAUGUACCACUGUAACUCGGCAUAGAAUAGAUGCAAACUCGCCGUUUUGAUUUAACACAAACUCGAAAGAGGUAUUAUGCUGUGCAAAUCUAGUCUGUGAAGUUCUAGAAACUACAAAAACAGUUAACGAAUGCUUCUAUUUUUGCCACCUUCACAAUUCGUACACUGUUAUUAAUGUCAACUUACCACUGACGAACUAAAUGUUGUGAAUUCCUUACUCUGAGGGAAGCUGCAGCCAACUCAAUAUUUUGUACAUAACUUUAGAACUGUGUUUGCUUUCAGCCGUGACAACUCCAAAAUGCAUAAUGCUUGUGUACUCUUGGCUAAAUAGGAUACUAAAUAUCCACAAAAAUGUUUUUCUGCAGUGCGUUGUUUCAAUAAAGUUUCUAGUUUCUCUUUAAACAAACUAAA